AUGAAUUCCCAAAGAGCUCACUCGGCACUGUACAACGAUCCCUACUCAUCCAAGUCCUUCUAUGCCGGGCAGGAUCUGAAGGAUAGGCUUCUACAGCCCACCGUCCUCGUUUCCAUCGCUGCCCUUCUAGUAACCUCGCUGCUCUGGACUUCGUCCGCCCGCCUCGACAUCCUCUGGGACGCCUUCGUGUUCGUCGUCCCCUACCGAGCUCUCUAUACUAUCGACAACUUGCUUCACCCCCCCUUGGUCCCUCGACCAAUGCUCCAAGGUCCCGCGAGGACCCAUGCCGCCAAAAGCGCACUCAUGCAGAGGGUACUAGGCUUCGACAGACCGGGCGGAGGCGUCAUGGGCACCGUGACCCAGGCCGGACAGAGGGGGCUCGCAUCCUUCUCGGGCGCCAUGAUGGCCCUGAAAGGUGGUUCGGACCGGCCCCCCGGCCUGGGCAAUCUGGACAACUCGUGCUACCAGAAUAGUAUCCUCCAAGGCCUCGCAUCCUUGAAGCCGCUACCGCGCUACCUCUCCGAUCAGCUUCGACACAUCGAGCUCGAUGCCGCCAACCAGAAGAAGUAUCACGCCGCGGUCACACUACGCACCCUGAUCGCCGAUCUCAACGACGCAUCGAACCACGGGAGGACGCUAUGGACACCCGGUUCUCUCAAGAAUAUGAGCACAUGGCAGCAGCAAGAUGCGCAAGAAUACUACUCGAAGCUGCUGGACGAGAUCGACCGGGAGAUCGUCAAGGCGGCCCAGUCAAAUAAUAAGAAUAGCCUCCCACGUCUCGAGUUGAAAGCAGCAGUCACAGACGAACCCACCUCCGUGGAUGACACGACUGCGAGCCAACACAGCGACGACAGCGGCUAUCAGAGCAUCUCGGUCUCCUCCACGACCGAGUCCUCGGCACCCAGCGUAUCGCACAACCCUCUCGAGGGCCUGGUUGCACAGAGAGUUGCCUGCGUCCAAUGCGGGCAUUGCGACGGGCUUUCCAUGAUCCCUUUCAAUUGCCUGACUCUCAGCCUGGGGCUGAACUCUGCAGAGCACGACCUGUUCGAGCUGCUGGACGCCUACGCCCACAUCGAGUCCAUCGAGGGCGUGGAGUGCGGCAAGUGCACGCUCCUCAAAAUGCGACGCCUCUUGAACACCCUCCUCGUCCGGGAGCGCGCGUCCGGCACGAGCCGUGAGACGAUGGGCCAGCACGGCGCGAGGAUGGCGGCGGUGGAGGAUGCCCUGGACCGCGACGACUUUGAGGACAAGACCAUCACGGACAAGUGCCAGAUCCCCCCGAACCUCAAAGUGACGUCGACCAAGACGAAGCAGACGGUGAUUGCGCGGCCACCGCAAAGCCUCGUCAUCCACAUGAACCGGUCUGCGUUCGAUGAGAAUACGGGGUACAUGUGGAAAAACAGCGCUGCUGUGAGGUUUCCUCUUCUUCUGGACCUCGGCCCAUGGUGUCUCGGUAGUGCGGGCACAUUCAAGAGGGUAGAUGACCAGGGUGAGGGCGAGGGCGAGGGUCAGGGCGAGGGCGAGGGCAAAGGGCCCCUCCCGGUGGUGGUGCCUGCCCACCCAGACAGGGAAGAGUGGCUCCUCAGACCUCGCGUCUCCAUGGUGGCGGGAGAUAGAGGCCAAUCCAAGAUCACCGGGCCUUUUUACGAGCUGCGGGCGGUGAUCACACACUACGGCAGACAUGAAAACGGGCAUUACGUCUGCUACCGCAAGUUCCCUCGCUCCUCACCCCCCAAGGCGACGAAGCCGAUGGAGGCCGCGAAGUCAAGGGAAUCUGUCAGGAAUGAAUCGGAAGAGCCGGGCGAUGCAAGUGACCAAGAUAGCGGCAACGAAGCAGAAGCCGAGACGGAGUGGUGGCGGCUCAGCGACGACACGGUCUACAAGGUGGACGAAGAGACGGUUCUCGCGCAGGGGGGCGUGUUCAUGCUGUUCUACGACUGCGUCGACCCUGCUAGCGCCCUGACAUCACAGGUGCAGGUGAAAAGAGGCGCUGGGGCACGGAGAGAAAGACACCAUACGGUGAUGGCCUCUUCAGAGAAGGUGUUGUCGUCGUCACCGGGUGAAGAGGCCAUGACUGGGAAUGAUGACGGUAGUUCGACAUAUACUUCCGUCGAGGAGGAAGUCCGGCCCGCGGACAGACCGGAGGAGGCAGCAACUCCCGUGCCACAGGCUGAAAGCCAUACAUCCGGUAAGGACGGCCCCAGCCGUGCACCGCCGGCCUCUGACGCCAAUAGCGGAACUGAGAAUGUUGCGGCGGCUGAGACGAUCGCGUCCAGAGAGGCAGAGGCAGCUUAA